UUUGAUCCUAACGCCAACAGAGUUCUCUAGCCCCUCUCUCCUAUUUAUCAACAAACUGUCCUCCCCCGCGCCAACUGACAACUGUUUUCUGUUCACUCUGAUUAAGUUUUCACGUACAACUACUUGUAUAGUACAGGAAGCAACAUGCUCGAUCUUGCGGACUUCAUCAGUGACCGCGGUGGAAACCCAAACAAAAUCAAAGAAAGCCAGCGGAAAAGAUACGCACCGGAAACUGUCGUUGAUGAAGUUCUCGCCCUGUAUGAAGAGGCGCGGCGCGCACGUUAUGAGGUUAUGCAGAUAAACUCCCAGCUAAAUGCAGUUCAAAAGGAAAUCGGCAAGAAAAAGAAGAAUAAGGAAGAUGCAAGUGACUUGAUGGAGCAAAAGGCCGACCUGGAGAAGCGCAAGAAGGAUGCCGAGGAACUCGCUCUCCAAAAGGAAAAGCAGAGGGACGGUAAAAUCCGAACGAUCGGUAACCUGGUUCAUGAAUCAGUCCCCGUCAGCAACAAUGAAGAUGACAAUGCUGUAAUAAGAACGUGGACGCCAGAAAAUGUCAAGGUUGAGAAGCGCGACUGCCUUUCUCAUCAUGAGGUACUCACACGUCUUGAUGGAUUUGACCCAGAGCGUGGUGUCAAGGUGGUUGGUCACCGCGGUUAUUGCUUGACAGGCUAUGGCCUUUUUCUCAAUCUCGCACUCAUAAAUUAUGGCCUGGAGUUUCUGUGGGGGAAAGGCUACAAGCCCAACCAACCCCCGCAAUUUAUGCUCAAGGAAAUGAUGGCGAAAACAGCACAACUUGAACAAUUCGACGAGGAGCUAUACAAGGUCACAGAAAGCGAAGAUAAGUCCACCGACAAGUAUCUCAUUGCUACCUCAGAGCAACCGUUAUCUGCUCUUCAUGAUGGGGAAUGGCUGCAAGACAAAGAUCUUCCAAUCAAGUAUGCUGGGUACAGCACAUGUUACCGGAAAGAGGCCGGUGCCCACGGUAAAGAUGCAUGGGGUAUCUUUCGCGUUCAUCAGUUCGAGAAGAUUGAACAAUUUGUUCUCACAAAACCCGAAGACUCUUGGCAGGCAUUUGACGAAAUGAUCGCAACAUCGGAAGAGUUCUACCAAUCUCUUGGGCUGCCGUACCAGGUUGUGGCUAUUGUUUCCGGGGCAUUGAACAAUGCCGCCUCGAAGAAGUAUGACCUCGAAGCGUGGUUCCCAUUUCAAGGGGAGUACAAGGAACUGGUGUCCUGUUCCAAUUGUACAGACUACCAAUCCAGGGCGCUUGAAAUUCGUUAUGGCACGAAGAAGGCUACUGAUGUAAAGAAGUCCUAUGUUCAUGCUCUGAAUGCGACUCUGUGUGCUACAGAGCGUACACUAUGCUGUGUACUCGAAAACUAUCAAACUGAUGAUGGUAUUAUUGUGCCGGAGCCUCUGAGGAAAUAUAUUCCGGGCGCCCCUGAGUUCAUACCAUAUACCAAGGAGCUGCCGAAGGACAGUACUUCUAACAAGUCCAAAGCUAAGCAGACUUCGAAAACUGCGAGCGGCUCAGAAGAAACUGCGAAAAAGCUGGAAGGCCUUCAGGUUUGAGCGUGGUCAGUCUAAUGUCAUUAGACACGACGAGAAUGGUUAAUGGGCCAAUGGCUACUUAUUUGGGCAUGUCAGCCAGUGAAAGGAGUAGUGGGGGGACCCAGGCACUCCGAUCGGCGGAUUAUAUCGGUUGGGACACAUGAUAUAAAGUAGAUGAGGAAAAUUAAAUAAAUUGCAUGAAUAUAGAGGCUAAUGCUGUCUUGGGUCA